AUGGCCCGGGGACCUGCCUGGCGACUCGCCAUGAGGGCCCCGUGGCUGGAGGCGAAGGGAGGAUGCGGUUAUGCGGCCGCGUCGGCGUUGGCUCCUUUGGUGAUGAUGGAAGUGAAGGUGUUGGCAGUGUUUGGUGAUGAGGGAUCACCCCAGUCCCCGACCAGCUCUCCAGGGCGCGUGGUGUACGUGUGCAUCUGGGCGGUGGUGAUCAUCCUGUUCGCAGUGUACAGCGGGAAUCUGACGGCCUUCCUCUCCAAGCCGAGGGUGACCAAGCCUCCCGCCACCAUCGGGGAGCUGGUUCUGCGCGACUGGACCAUCGCUCUGGACAAGGCUUAUGGCGCGCACGACAUCGUCAAGGCGACGAAGACGGAGGACUAUCAGAUUCUGUACCGGAGGGCCAAGGAGCGCGGCGCCAUCAGGGAGAACCAGGGGGCGCAGGGAGAGAGUCGCACAGACGUCGAGCAGUUGGAGAGUCGGGAUAUUGCGAUUGUCAUGGGGGCUACGGGCGCAUACUACAACAUGAACAAAAACAAAGCAAAUGACCGCCGCUGUCGACUCACCUACGGCACCGAAGCCAUCGCCAAGAAAUUCUCGGCGCUUGCCUUGCCCAAGAUGUCGCUGUUGAAACCCAUCUUCGACAGGAAGAUAAUGUGGAUGCGCCAGAUGGGGGUCGUUGGAAAGCUGUACGACAACUCCUUCGGCGUGAAGUGCUUCCGCGAGGACCUCAACUCUGGCAAACUCAAACCCUUGGCUCUCGGACAGCUGGUCGGUGUUCUAUACGUCUGGCUUGGUGGAAUGACUGUGGCUUCGUUGGUGUUCGUGUUCGAGGUGUAUAUGGCCAAGCGCUGAGGGUUAAACGUGUUCGUAU